GAAGUUGUUUAUCCAAACAGGAUUUUAAUUUGUAGUAUGGCCAAACCAAUAAUGGAGACAAUCAAACUGCUGAUGGGGUCAUCAGCUGGGUUUGUUGGUGCUAUCCAACCGGCAUGCAGCAACACAGCAUCUGCAGAUUCAAUAUUAAGUAGUAAAACUGAACCGAUUCUUAAUUUUACGGCAAGGCAAUCCCAAUCAAACAUUUCAUUUUCCGGUGGUACCAAAGAUGCUAGUGCUGGUAACUCUCAAGACUGUGGCGGUUCUGCAAUGCAUGUCUCGGGGGAGCCUCCCUGGCGUGUUCCUUUCGCUGAGAGUUCUACUCAAUCUGCUAAUCGCAGCAAUGCUGUCAUGCGUUAUAAGGAAAAGAAAAAGAAUCGAAAGUUUGAUAAGAAAGUAAGAUAUGCUUCUCGGAAGGCUAGGGCUGAUGUCAGAAAACGUGUGAAGGGCCGGUUCGUCAAAGCUGGUGAAUCAUAUGACUAUGACCCUUUGAACGAAACCAGAAGCUUCUGAGUGUACACUUUUUUUAACCCCGUUUCGCGAAAGGAGCCUAUAUUUUCUUCAAGAGAAAGAAGACUGUUACCGAAUGAAUUGAAGGUAUAAGCUUGGGAGAUCGUGUGUCGUUCAUCGCAAAGGAUAUCUAAGUUGUGAUGUCGGCUAACAUGUCACAAGGUGUCUUGAAUUUCAACUCCCUAUUCAAUGAAAAACAUACUUCUUGAUUCUAAUCUAAAGCACAGUUCAUUGUUAGUCCUUUUGACUGCGAUCAUUUGACAUUUAUGUUAAUUUUGAACUAAUGUAUGUAGAAUUGUUGUAGAAUGUAAUGGUUGGUCCUGUUACACUGCAUAUAAUAUAAAUACAUGUACAUGGAGUUGUAAUUGUUCAAUAGUUAGUUAGAUAUGACAAUUGUAAAUUUGAAGGUUAUGUAUUGAAUAGGAUGUCAUUUAUCAUAAUGAUAGGUUGAACAUGUAUCAUGUAUUCAUUGGAGUUUUGUUUGUAUUGUUUACUUCAGUUGUAAUCCCUUUCUUGAUA